UUUCUCAAGUCUAAACCAGGCUUCUCAAGUUUUCAUUUCCUCUCACAUAUUCUCUGUUUCUUCAUCUCUCUCCCUCUCUCUCUCUCUUCAUCUCGCUUUCUCUCUCUUCGCGUACCAUGGCUCGCCGAAGCCGAAGCUUUGGAGGAAAGUCAGCUCCUCGUCCUCGUGCCGCUGCCAGUUCUCCAUUGCGUAACCCUCCAAAGCCAGUGACUCCUGCUCCUCCCCCAGCACCUGCACCUGCACCACAGGGAUCCGCUCUGGGAGGACUUGGUUCUGUUGUUGCUGAAGGCAUGGCCUUCGGUGGCGGAAGUGCAGUAGCUCACAGGGCUGUGGAUGCUGUGAUGGGUCCUCGUGUCAUCAAUACCGAGGUGAUCUCGGCAGCUCCUCCUUCUGUUCAGGCACAGGCCGCAGCUCCUCCUUCUGGUGCAUGCGAUGGUCAAUCAAGGGCCUUUCAAGAUUGUUUGAACCAGUCUGGGAGUGAUAUCGGCAAGUGCCAGUUCUACAUGGAUAUGCUGUCGGAGUGCCGCAAAAACUCUAGCAGUGGUCUGAAUGUUUGAUGCUGUUCAUGAUUGAGUCCGAAACUUAACCCCCCAAAACUCUAGUCUUGGUCUGAAUGCUUGAUGUUUGUUGUUCAUGAUUCAGUCUGAAACUUAUCCUAGUAGCUGCAAUGUAUAAACUAGGUUAGAGAAAUAUUUUGCAGACUAAAGUGGCUUUUGGUGACUUGGUUUCACAUAUUAUAUCUCACCUUCUACAGAAUUUCUCGUAUCAUGAAUUCUCUCUUUCAAUAUUUGAGGGUGAACUUGGGUUAGAUUGUUCGGGUCAGUUGUUGCCCUAGCCUUUGUCCCCUCGAGGUUUAAAUUGAUUAGUCAUAUUG